AACAUUGUUGGACGCGUUGCGGAUAUGCCCGCUUCAGUUUCUAAUCUCGCUAAUCUAUAGCUUUCAUUCAAAUCGAUAUUCUCUAUCGCCGCAUGUUAUCUUGCCAUAAUCGUUGUUCAAACGCACUGUACCAUUGCCUCACGACCGUUUUUUGCAUUUGCAUGAAUACCGUUUUGAAUGGAAAUUUGAUCCAGUCAUUUGUUGGUCGCUCGCCAGCAAAGCGUUGGAAUGCUGUCCUAGUACAGUGUCAUCACUUGCCAAUUGUGGGUGUGCUUCUCUUCGCCAGCAGUGUGGCGUUCUGUGCCUCUAGUGCCAUGUCCUAGCCCGUGUUGGGCAUGGUUUCUGAACAGGAAUGGACACUACAUACUAUAUUCUGAUUGAAAGACAGCUUGAACGCUUUGCAUAAAGUCCGGUUGCCAAUGGCCUAUGUAACAAUAU